AUGACGAUGAAUAUCUGGAAAGAAAAAGUGCUUCCCAAAAUCAAGAAGGUUUUUGAGAAAAGCCCAGGCAAGAAGGCUCUUGCUGCUGAAGCCGUCAAAGCCUUCGAUGAAGUUAAGGACCAACACGCCACUGAGUUUGAAGAGAAGAAAGGUGAUCUUCAAUCUAAAGUUGUUGAAAUCUAUGAAGCUUCACCCCCUGAAGUCAAGGCUUUGGUAAAAGACCCUAAGCCUACUGGCCUAAAGAAAAACUCUGCUGCUGUCCAGAAGUUCUUGGAUGAACUUGUCAAGAUUGAUUUCCCGGGAUCAAAGGCCGUGGCAGAGGCAGCAACAAAGUUGGGACCGGCAUAUGUUCCGGGUCCAAUCACCUUCUUGUUUGAAAAGGUGGCUACCCUUUUGCCGGAAGAGGUGAAGGAAGAGGCCCCUCCGGUAACUGAAGAAGCGGCCACCACCACCACCGAGGAGCCGGCGGCAGCACCAGCAGAGUCAAGUGCUACUACCGCAACCGAAGAGGUGAAGGAGAAGGAGAUUGUAGUUGAAGCAGCAGAGAAGAAAGAGGAAGAGGCUGCUGCACCGGCCGCCGAGGCACCACCGGCUGAAAAGCCGGCGGAAGCAGAAGCUCUGGCAGCCACGGAGGAAGUGAAGAAGGAAGAGCCGGCUGCUGCUACGGCCGAGCCACCAAAGGCUACUUGA